AUACAAUGACACACCAAACUGUUCUGAUGGACUUAUCCAGUGAUGCAUGCUAUGUAAUAGAAAGCAUCUUAAUCUGGAAUAUGUAUUCUGACCAACAGGAUCUGCAUAUAUUAAAACACCCAAUCUGUCCCCACUCCAAAACACACACACACACAUCUUCUGUUGGGGCUAAAAUGGGUGGAUGUCCUGUGCCUGGAGGGUGCCAUGGUGGGUGAGGGCGACGCGAGUCUCCUGGGCGUAGAGGUCGGAGGGCUGUCUUUGUUCUGAUUAAAAGAGCCCACUUCCACUGAUUUAACAAUUAAGGGGGGGUACCGAAGCCAAGAGCCCAGCUCUCACACAGGCAAAAAGAAGCCAGUCCCUGGGGACACGCACCUGAGAGUCGGAGAGCACAGCAACAUGGCUCUCUGGGCUGCCUCACUGGCGUCCCUUCUCCUGGCUGUUGAUUGCUGGCAUGACCUCGACAACUCAGAGUAUGACUGCUGGCCUAUUGCUGAGCCCAAUGAUUACAAUAUGAUAAGCUGCGGAGGACUCGAGAUGGCCUGGGUCCAACGGCCUCCUGAGAAAGUAACGGAGGGGGAGGAGUUCAAUGUUACCUAUUCAGUUACGGCUGCCGACUCCUUCUAUGAUUAUGCGGUGAAAAACAAGAUCUUCCAGUUCAGCGAUGCCUCGGAGGCCAAGCGCUUCUGUCACGAGCACGAGUGUCCCACGAACUGGAACAACGCUGACGAGCACAACUGCUGCGUGUACCACGCCAACAUCCACUCUUGCCCUCUUGCCCUCAUGAGGCAGGGGGGCAUAUGUGGACCCUGGAUCCCAGAUGAUGGCGAGAUUGUGACACACACUGUUUCAAAGGCAGGAAAGAUGAGUCAGCAACUCUGGACAUCAAAGGUCGUGCUGGUGCACUUAGGCGUGACGUCCCUUAUUGCCCAUAUCAAAGUGGGACAGUUGCACGCAGCACUGGAGUCCAAGGUUCUAGUCGUCAGUGCGCAAGUGUGUGGAGAUAACAUCUGUGAGCUGGAGGAGAGCUGCCUGAACUGCCCGGCGGACUGCGGUGUCUGCCCCAUGUCCAUGUCCAUUAAAGUUGCCAUUGGGCUCCCAGUUGCCUUAUUCUGCAGUGGCUUCAUCUUAACCAUUGUGUGGAUUCAGUACCAAAAGCAGAAGAUGUUUUGGGACGAGAGCUGGAUCAUCAACUACAACAACAUAAUGUUUGGUAAGAUGUGCUACAUGGGAUUCUGCAGCACCACCAGCCUACAGCCAGUGAAGAGUAGCUCCAGUGUGAGCCGGGCCACAGACGUCACCGUCUGCACCGUCACAAACUCAGGCUUCAAACCGGGCUUCAUCCAGCCAGGCAUUUAUGAUGGCAGAACUGUGGCCGUGAAAAACAUUCAGAAGAAGCAUUUUGCCCUCUCCAAGACUAUCAGGAAAGAAGUGAAGGAGGUUCGAGAACUGGAUCACCCCAAUCUCUGCAAGUUCAUUGGUGGAUGCAUUGAAGUCCCAUUUGUCAACAUCAUUACAGAGUACUGCCCAAAGGGAAGUCUUGCCGAUGUCCUUCUGAAUGAAGACAUCCCAAUCAAUUGGGGUUUUCGGUUGUCUUUUGCCACUGAUAUUGCUCGUGGCAUGGCCUACCUGCAUCAGCACAAGAUUUUUCAUGGAAGACUUCACUCUAGAAACUGUGUCAUCGAUGACCGUUGGGUCUGCAAAAUUUCAGACUACGGCUUAGAGGCCUACAGGAAGGAGGACUUUGAGGCCAUCAGUAACACUUUCCACUGUGAGAGCCCCUACCGGAUAUACUGUGCCCCUGAAGUCCUCCUUGGCAGCAGUUCCAACCACACCGCUCCAGCCGACAUAUACAGUUAUUCCAUCAUUUUGGUUGAGAUUGCGUCCCGCAGUGAUCUAAUUUCUGAGCAGACGGAGCUUGUAAAGCUAGACGUCAUGUGGCGUCCGCAGCUUCCUGAGCUGAAACCGGGAAAAGCGGAUACAGACUGCCCCGAUCAGAGUGAUUACUGUGAGCUCAUCAAAAAGUGCUGGACACACAACGCUGCCAUGAGACCAACCUUUGAGCAGGUGAAGAAGUUUCUAGACAAAAUGAACCCCCACAAAGUCAGCCCUGUAGACAUGAUGAUGAACCUGAUGGAAAAGUACAGCAAGCAUUUGGAGGCUAUUGUGGCUGAGCGGACACAGGAUCUUCUCCAAGAGAAACAGAAGACGGACCGCUUACUCUACAGUAUGUUACCAAAGCCAGUUGCUGAUGACCUUCGUCAAGGACGUACAGCUGAGGCUCAGAGCUACUCCAAUGCCACUGUGUAUUUCAGUGACAUAGUGGGUUUCACACAACUAUCUGGCUCCAGUACCCCCCAUCAGGUGGUGAACUUCCUCAACAAACUCUACACCACAUUUGACGAUAUUAUCGACAACUAUGACGUGUAUAAAGUGGAGACCAUAGGAGAUGCUUACAUGGUGGUCUCUGGCGUGCCGAACGAGAAUGGCAUCAACCAUGCAGGAGAGAUUGCGAGCAUGGCCCUGGACCUCAUCAGCGUGUGCCAUGCCUUUAAGAUCCCCCACAAGCCCACCACACAGCUCGAGAUACGGGCUGGCAUCCACUCAGGCCCUGUGGUUGCUGGUGUUGUGGGAACGAAGAUGCCCCGGUACUGUUUGUUUGGCGACACGGUGAACACGGCGUCCCGAAUGGAAUCCACGAGCGAAGCUCUGAAGAUCCAGUGCAGUGCUCCCACGGCUGACCUCCUGUGUACCCUGAAAGGGUACAUACUGACCUGCCGUGGAUCACUUGUCGUCAAGGGCAAAGGGGAGAUGACAACUUGGUGGCUGGAGGCGAAGAGAGAUCUGUCUGACCCACUACAGGCGGACCGAGAGCCGUACGGGGUUCCAGUGCCCGUCAGCAACUAGCCAUCGGGAAAGUCAUGAAAAAAGAAUCAUGGACAAAAUACAGACUUAUAAACAUGUUCCAGUGUUGAAUAAUGUGAUAGAAGGGACAAAUUCAAAGAGGCACCUCAUGACAAAAAGAACAUUGUUCAGUAGUAUACAGUAUUGUAUAUGGAUUUUGGAACAAUGUUGCUAUUUUUUGUCAUCAAUAUAUUAUAUUGUAUCAAUGUUUUUUGUCAUCCCUUGUGAAAUGUGAAAUCAAAUAGCGUCUCUGUAGGCCUAUCGUUUGCUACGUCUGCUACGUUUUUAGAUGGUCAGAUGCUUGUAUCCAAAGAAUAACUCCAAUGCACUAUCCCAAUGUAUUUAAGGUGUUGUAGGCCUAUUGAACUGCCUUAGAAUAUAAACACAAAUGUAGCGUAGGUUCAUGCCAAGCAAUUCCAGUGUUCUUAGUUUUAGGCUACAUCACUACAAAGUCUUAGACUAUUUGAAUGCCUGUUGUUAGUGUGAUGUUAAACUCAACUGUAAACA